AUGGCCGACAAGUUAAUAUACGGAGGCGCAUGCCUACGCAGAGCUCUACAGUUUUUUUCACGCCAGAGAUUGGCUACCAGGCCUGUUCUCGAGUCUCAAUAUCGUUCCUUCCACAAAUCCCAGCGAACGUUUGAUUCAACGGCAGUCAAACCAGCGAGAGCUACACCAACAGCGGGAACGACAACUACCACUGUAUCAAAGACACGAGCGCCGAAACAAUUCAACAAAGACACUCCAAGGAGUCUUGAAGAUGGUGUUGAGAACUCGGCCUCGGCGGAAAAGGAAAAACUCAAAAUGGAACGGGCCGCUAAAGAGGAGAUGAAAUAUCUGGGUGACGAUCCAUGGAAAUUCUCACAAUAUGUCAGGCAAGCGCUGGAAAAAGGCAGAUUUGAAGAAGCCCAUUAUGUCGUGCAGACGGGCAGUAGAAGAUUGCAAUUGGUUGUGCCGUGGACCUUGUUGAUGGACUACAUGUUGCAGCAACAACAGUUGACCAAAGCAAUCAGAAUAUUCAACGACAUGAAGAAGCGUGCGCAGUUCCCCAACGCUUUGACUUACACUACCUUGUUUCGCGGUCUCGCUAGAUCCGAACACCCCAAGCUUGCUGUCGCCGAGGCUGUAAAGCAAUACAACAACCUUCUGAAGGACACCCGUUUGGAGCCAAACACAACCCAUUUGAACGCGGUUCUAAACGUGUGCAACCGAGCGGGCGAUCUAGACUCAAUGUUCUCUAUCGUCGAUACCAUAAACGAUUCUACGCGAGCCGCGACUGCUUACACCUAUUCGAUUAUCAUCAGUGCUUUGCGAUGGAACGUCCACAAAGACAUCAAGGAUUUAACAGAUGAGCAGAAGGAUUUCAACAUAAGAAACGCUCUACAACGCGCCAAAGUUAUCUGGGGGGAGGCCAUGGGCAAAUGGCGGCAAGGGCGCCUGGUUAUCGAUGAAGAGUUUGUCAGCUCGAUGGGCCGUUUACUGCUAAUGUCAUCUGACAUAGCUGACAAAAAGGAGAUUCUCGAUAUUGUCGAGCAGACCAUGAAUGUACCCAACUUAUCUAAACUCCAAGAACGCUCCGCUGCCGACGCCCGCAAAACCGACCCCAAGACAGGUGCAGUUGCCAAAAAGGACGGCGGUGGCGUCUAUGCCACUCCUGGCAAUAACACUUUGUCAAUGUUGCUACAGGUUGUACUCCAAACGAAACAGAGCAGUAUCGGCAUCAAAUAUUGGAACUUCUUGGUCCGCGAGUUCAACAUGGUACCCGAUAGAGAUUGCUGGAUGCGUCUGUUCAGCAUACUUAAGCAAGCCAGAGCCAGUGCACAUGCCACUGAGAUUCUGUCGAUUGUUCCACAGGACAUUAUUGGCCCGCGUAUCUACCGCAUGGCCAUGGAAACAUGCAUUCGCGACAACAUCAACCUGAACGUUAUCAAGAAUGCCGACCGUGCUCUCGACAACAUGAUGCAGCGCAUCAAGACCCCUGAUCCCCAGACAAUGCGUCUUUACCUCACUGCCGUUCAGAACACUCACUAUCACCUACGAUCUCGUGCCAUAGACGGCGAUGUGGCUGGUGCAAAGCGGGCAUACGGUAUACAGGUCACCAAAGCUCUCGAUCGUUUGUGGGUGCCGUACCGCAAACUCCAUGAUCACUUCUUCCGCGAUGCCAAGGCUAAAACGGAUCAAGAUGGAGGAAUUUUGUACAACCAACAACGCGAGGUCAUUGCCCUUGCUCGUAUCAUGUAUGGGUCUUUUAACAAGGUCAUCCAGCAAGAGAUGCUUCCUGUGGAAGACCUUCAAAAGAUCCGCCCCAUUGGCGGCCGCAUCAACCGCGAAAUCCAAGCCUUCUUUGCCCAGCGCGAAGAAAAGGAGCCCAACCUGCGCAAGACAAAGGGUCGCGGCGCAGCUGAAGAGGAGAUGUCUGAAUACUACACUAUUAUGGAAAUAGAAUCUUUCUGGGACACGACACAAGCGGGCAGGCCCCCGAGAGAGAGAAGAUAUGAAGAUAGACAUGGCAGGGAACGCAGUGACGACCGCAGACGCCACAACGAAGACAGGCGUGGUAACGACUCCAACCGUUCAGGUCUGGCUGGAUAG